ACGACUUGUUACCAUAUUAUUUUGGUAACUGCAAACUUAAAAAUAUCAUCAUUGUAUUAUAUAACAAAAUAUCAGAGUGAAAGGAUGUAUUCGAAAUUACUCCGAUUGUGUGAUACAAAAGCCCUUGCCGAAGUGAUGAUAGCUGAGUACCUCGCCCCCGGUUUCAUUGAAAACUUGUCUGGUAGACGUGUUCAGAGUAACGCUUCCCGCCGAGGCCAAUUGUUUGAUUGGUAUCACGGUUCAUCGAAAAGGCACCGUGACACUGGCUGCACUUGAAAGACUUUUACUGAUAGCUGCUGGCUGAACACACAACAUGACAGGUAUGGCAAAGAAAGGAUUGCUUGGCUAGUGUCGCGAUUCUCCGAUCCAUCUAUAACUCGUUCCGCCUAAAUUAUUAUAAUCCAAAGCUUGUAACAACCAACUGCGCAAGCGCGGCAAUAGUUGGUCCUUGGUUGGUCGGUGGUUUUCCAUUUGAUACUUGAUAUAUCACCAGUUCGAGGGAAAUAUAGCUAAUAACAGACGAGACCGAUAACUUAGUUCGAGCGAAGCCUUAUAGUCGACUCGGGACGUAUUCGACCCAUCAUCAGUUAAUAUAAGGGUUUACCGGACAAAAAACUCGGGACUUCGUUUUUGGUUUGAGCGUUGCGGUGUUUUUGAUCGAGCCAACGAUAUUCUACUGUAGGCCUAUAUAUAUAUAUAAAGAGCGUUGUACGACAAAAACUGGAUCAUGAAGAAUGUGGAACAGUCAGGAAGAAGAGGGAUUCAGUGGACUUUCGCAAGCAUGCUCGAAGACCUGGAUUUCGCAGACGACAUACGUUUACUUUAUCACCGUCAUAUAGACAUAUAGGCCAAGACACGAGACCUAGCAACCACUGCAGAGGAGAUUGGACUUAAGAUCAACAUUCCUAAGACUAAACUCAUGAGAAUGAACACCAAGUCCAACGAAUCCAUUAUCCUUCAUGGUGACAAAGUUGCAGAAGUUGAUGACUUCACCUACCUUGGCUCUAAGUUGACAGCCGAUUGAAACAGUGAAACAGAAAUCCACUCAAGUAUCUCCAAGGCAAGCCAGACCUUUACAUCACUCCGAAACAUCUGGAAAGCAAGCAAGAUUAGUUUGAAGACAAAGAUACGCCUUUUUUAAAGCACUGUCUUAAGCACUCUACUGUAUGGAGCAGAAUCCUGGAAAAUGACCAAGACCAUCGGUCAGAACUUGGAGGUCUUUCAAAAUCGGUGCCUUCGCAGGAUUCUGAAUAUCUUCUGGCCCAACAUCAUAACCAAUGAAGAACUCCACAAACAAACCUCCACAUUGGUAUCGGAGAUCAAGCGCCGAAGAUGGCGCUGGACUGGUCAUGUUAUCAGAAUGCCUCAAACAGCUCUACCAAGAGUAGUCCUGGAAAAGGGAAACGAGGAAGACCGAAAGAAACAUGGAGGAGGACAGUAGAGAAGGAAAUUCGAGAGAGCAGCCUGAGCCGGGGGAUGCUGGAGAAGCUGGCAAAAGACAGGCAGCAGUGGCGAUCUCUGGUUACAGCUUUAUGUGCUUCUUAGCACGAAGGGGAUUAAGUAAGCUGGCUACUUUCCUGAGUUUGUGUUGCGUGACGCGCCGCACACGUUGUUUUGGUAUUCUCUCACUUACAUGGACAACACACCGGUGGAAUCUUCUUCCUUCGACUAUCAGUACAGAAGAACUAAACUGAAGGGAGGUGGGCAUGCUGGGAUGCUCACAAGUUACGGACAAGACCAGAUGUACUUGCUGGGAAGACAGCUACGCUACGAUUAUAUAAACACAGGCUUCCUUUGUCCAGAAUACAACGAAGAACAGAUUUUUGUUCGAUCGACAAACAUGAAAAGAACCAUCGACUCGGCUCGGUGUGUGUUAGCUGGUUUAUACACAGCUGAAGAACUCAACAAAACAUGUUCUGUAAAGAUUGUAACAUCUCCGUCCAUUGAUGAAGUAUUAUUUCCAAACAACAUAAACUGUCCUGUUGUGAAGGAUGUUAUCAACGCCACGAUGGUUGACUUCGACAAUAUUCCCGGAAUCAAAGAAGAUCGAAUGAAAAUGGAAAGUGCUUUGGGUCUUGAUUCAACAAAGGAUGGACACAAACUCCAUUUCGUACACAUGCGAGAUGAUCUGACAGCUAGAAUGGCACAUGGCUGGAUGGUUCCUAAGGUGGUGCUUCCCUUUAUGGACCUCGUUGAAGAGAAUGCUACCAAGCUUCUGUACUUUGCUAUGUGUGGAAAAACAGAAGAGGAAAGGAAGACUGUUCUGCCUCUGUCUGUGGGUCCGGCCCUCACAAUGUCAGUAAAAAUGAUGGAGGAUAUGAUGAAUGGGAAAAGUCAGAAGAUGUUGUGUCUGUACUCCACCCAUGACUCUCUGAUGAUCUGUCUGUUAGAAGCGUUCGGAUUGUACAACAAUACGUGGCCGGAGUACGCAGCCGAUUUCAGGCUCGAACUGUAUGAGGACAGAAACCAGGAGUUCUGGGUUAAAGUCAGAUACUGUGGGCAGGACAAGUCUUUACCACCUUGUAGCGAAAGUAUGUUUUCGUUUGAUCAGUUCUCCAAGAUGAUGAAGCCUUACGUUAAGGAGAAAAAAGAAUAUCUCAGGAUCUGUAAUUCCAACAUCCUCAAGAAUCUAUCUAAAGGUGGAUCUAGGUGAUGAGCUGUUGAUGCCUCUAAUAAGAGUCGACCCGUCGACUUAGUGACCAGAUUUAUCUUGAAAUGAUGAAGACCUCAACUUGUAGAAAAUAGGGUUAAAGAGAAAUGAUGAUGACCUUGGCUUGGAGGAGAAAGGGUUAAACAGACUACCCUGAGUUUGGCGCCACUGUAGCAUGUUUUCCACUGACGCGGAGCCCAUUUAAUGCCUAAAAUUACAUUAUAUUAUUUAAUAUAUUUUUUUUUUCAUUUAGAAUAUUAAUGUCUGUAUGAUGAUUUCGUAUGUGUUUCUGCACACAAGUUUAUUGUUACAGUGCAUAUACAUGCUACCUUUUCCAUAUAUACUCUUCAAAAAAAGUAGGGGAAGCUGCAAUAUUAAUGUUAAUAUCAACUAUUAGACCGAACAUACAUUUUGACCACAGACAUCCUAGUAAAGAACGUUCAGCUCUGUUUGUCAACA